GGGAAAAUAAGGAAUCUCUUUAACUUGACAAAUACUGCAUGGAGAGCGUGCCGUGCUAAAGUGUCCCCUUUCUCGUCUCCAGCUAAAUCGUACAGCUAUGAAGGUCCUUGCGGUUCUCGCCCUGGCUGUCUUCGCCGGCUGCCAUGCCAACCUCUUCUACGCCGACGAGCCCAAGCCACAGCUGGAGGUGCUGACCGAUGCAUUCUGGGACUAUGUGGCCAAAGCAACUCGAACAGCUGAUGACACUCUCCAGAUGAUCAAGAAAUCUCAACUUGGACAGGAAGUGAAUGCCCGUCUCAUGCAGAGCGCUGACGUGGCUAGCCAGUAUGCAGUCACUCUGCAGGACCAGCUCCCCCCACUGGCCCAGGACCUCGUGGCCAAGAUUAGCCAGGAGGCAGAGGUGCUGAGGGAGCGUCUGAGCCAGGACCUGAGCACUGUCAAGGGUAAACUGCAGCCUUAUGCUGAGGAGCUGAGGAGCCAGAUCCAGCAGAGGGUGGAGCAGCUCAAACAGGAGCUGGCCCCCUAUGCAGAGUCCCUGGACUCAGAGGCCCUGAAGAUCGCCCUGGUCCAGAAGAGUGAGGAGCUGAGGCUCACCCUGGAGCAGAGGAUCCAGGAACUGCAGACUCAGCUGGGCCCCUACACAGAGGAGCUGAAGCAGAGAGUAGACCCCCACCUGCAGGACUUCCAGAGGAGCGUCACCCCCAUGGUGGAUAAGGUCCAGGUUGAGCUGACCCAAAGAGCCGAACAGAUGAAGCAGAUGGUGGCGCCAUACGCCGAGGACCUGAGGGAAAAGCUGGACCCCUACGCCCAGGACCUCCAGGCCCAGCUCCUUGCCCUCUAUCAGUCUUUCACCAAUACCAACUAAACAACUUCAACCUUCCCUUCACAUUGAACAAACCAUCCUGGCCAAGAUCUCUCUCCCGACUCAGGCACGUGCCCCUACUGUCAAGAAAAUGGCCGAACGCUCAUAAGUUUGAAAAAUUCAAGAUGUCAUUGGGUUUACUUUUGUACAUAUAGGUUAUGUCAGUGACGGUGCUUUCUCUGCUUUGUUAACGUUCUAAAUUAUGAAAAUAAAAACAAAAG